GAUACCUGACAAUGCCUGAGCCAGCAAAGCCCGCGCCCAAAAAGGGCUCUAAGAAAGCAGUUUCCAAGACCGCCGCAAAGAGCGGCAAGAAGCGCAGAAAGUCUAGGAAGGAGAGCUACGCCAUCUACGUGUACAAGGUACUGAAGCAGGUCCACCCUGACACCGGUAUCUCCUCCAAGGCCAUGGGAAUCAUGAAUUCCUUCGUCAACGAUAUUUUCGAACGUAUAGCCGGAGAGUCGUCUCGCCUGGCUCAUUACAACAAGCGUUCAACCAUCACCUCCAGGGAGAUCCAGACCGCCGUCCGCCUACUGCUCCCCGGUGAGCUGGCCAAACACGCCGUGUCCGAGGGUACCAAGGCCGUGACCAAGUACACCAGCUCCAAGUAAACGGGCUCCUUCAAAUUCACCCCAAAGGCUCUUUUAAGAGCCACCCACUGCUCUCUAAAAUUGAGAAAGGUCCAUCACGUUUCCUUUAAAAUGUCUUCCUGUAUUUUAUAUGAACCAACUCCUGACCUCUGAACGGGGACAGGUUAGUCUACUCUUUACAGCCGAAAGCGUAUAUUCUGCAAACCAAACAAAUACGACAGUAGUGUUUCAAUAUCUUAAGCACAAUA